AUGGGCUCUAUGUCAAUUAUCAAUAUAGCUGUUUUAUUCCAAAUAUUUUGCGUUCUUUCUCAAGCAAGAGAUGUGCAAUGGAAUUCAGUUAAUCCUUACUCAGAGAAUUCUCCCAAACUAGAAGCUGACAAUAAAAUAGCAAUUUUUACUGCGCUUGAGAAAAUCCCCAAGGACGAUAAAAGGUUUAUCACUUUUUCAGAAGCAAUGAAGCUUAUGAUUUACAGAAACUCAAAAAACCUAAUCGAGCUUGGCACAGAAUGAGGGGAAGAAAAAUGCACAUAUGAUGGAUGCUCUACAUCUAUUUUUGGCCUAUUCGCUUACGCAACAGAAAAAUUCUUAAUAUCAGUCGACAAUGACCAAAACGCAGUAUAUAAAGCCAAAGAAGCAACAAAAUGGAUUGAAGACAACGUGAGCGUCAUCAAAAGUGACUCAGUUGAAUUUUUAAAAAAUUAUGAUAAGCCAAUUGAUUUUCUAUACAUUGAUUCAAUGGAUUAUGACGAAAAAAUACUGGAUCACAUUCAACACUAUCAUUUAGAAGAAAUAAAAGCAGCUUAUAGAAAACUUCAUAAAUACUCAAUAGUGCUAUUAGAUGAAGGGAAUAUGGACCAUGGAGGAAGUAAUAAAUUAGUCUACGAAUAUUUAGAGAAUCUUGGCUGGGAGCGAGUUGUGAAUAAAUGGCAAUAUCUUUAUGUGCAUAAAGACAGCCUUCUUUAG